UAUAAUGAUUUGAGUCUGACACAACCGAUCAGAACUGUUGACUCAUUUGGUGAUCGCUUCAGCUGGAUGACCGGUCUCACGUCCUGUACAUAGAUCCCAAGGACUGCCAAUGUUUGAUUAUCAGUCCUGAAAACCCAGAUCCUCUCUGUGCCUUUGGUAGUGUUUUGUAGCUUGGCCAAGAAUAUCCAGCCUACAUCAUGUCAACAGUGUGUAACUGGCUGAGUAUUUUCCUCUGUCUCCGCGAUUCCCCCAAAAAGCCAAUCGCCCACAAGAUCCACCCAAACCACAGAGGCACAUUUGAUGCUGUUAUCUUGUGGAAAGGAAAAGAAGGUGCUAAAGAAAGAAAGAGUGGUCUUGCCUAUGAGGUGAUCCUCAAGCCAGCUUCAGCAGAAACUACCCCCCUGAAGCCCCAGACCCCACCCAAGGACAAGAACCUCACACAAGAUGACAUCCUCAAGAAGCUGCAGAAGGCACAGGAACGCAGAGAGGUAGUACGACCUAGAGUGUCUCUUGAAGCUCAGCGUCUUGAGCAGAUCUCCCGGGAGCGUGCCCGAGCCCAGGAGAAGAUCGCCAAGGUGCAGGAGGAGAGUGAGAGCUUCUCCAAACAAACCAAGGAGAAACUGAGGCGAUCUAUGGAAAUCAGCAAGGAGAACAGAGAGCUGCAGAUCAAAGCCCUGCAGGAGAGACUGCGAGAACAUCUGUCUAAGGUGGAAGAGACAUGUAAACGCAGCGACUCCAUGGCCAAGGAGCUCGAGGAACGUAUUAAUCAGAAAAUGGAAAUAUAUGAGGAAAACCGACAGGCCCAGUUGGACAGUCUUUUGAAACGACUUAAGGACCAUGCCAGCCACAUAAAGGAGGUAUGUGAGGCCAGUGAGAACAUGGGCAAGAUGUCAGAGGAAAAGAUCCUGGUGAAGAUGGAGACUGCCUUGAAAAACCGAGAAGAGCAGCUGAAGGCUCUGCAGGAGAGACUCCAGGAACAUGAACGGAGAAUUGAGGAAGUGCGGAAGAACAAGAGUUCUCUGCAGUCCACAGGUGUGGAUGCCUGAGCAUGUACUUGGUGACCAGUGGUCAGUUUCUGCUAUUGUCCUGAGGACAGCAUCUCUGGUCACCUCUCCUGACCACCGUGGAAGACAUACACACAUUUAAUGGAGUCUGAGUUGCUAAUCUGUCAGCCACUGACAGCAGCAUUUAUUAUAAUAUUGUUUAUUUGAUUACAUGAUUCCAGCUCUUCAUUUAUCUGUAUAGUGCUGUUCGUAAGGCAUAGAAGUUUAUCAACUCAGUUGUUUUUGAGUUGGACAUGUUUAAUCUGAUGAUAAUGCUGUAAAGUGAUACCAGUUGGAUGCCCUCUCCCUCCCUCGUUUUACACUGUCGCCAUGGACACACAAUUAUUUCAUUACAGGUGUAUUGCUGACUUGAAUCUCUGUCUGUAUGAAUCUCUUUCUCUGUCCGUAUUACUCUACAACUACUUUUUGCUUGUUCUGGACUUAUUGUCCAUCUUGGUGUUAAUGAAAGAAGUGCAAAUUUGUCAUGUAUUUCAUACUGCCAUUUUUAUUAUCAUCCACAAGCUAUGCAUUAUUUUUUCGUCAACCUAGAUGAUAGAAGGAUUUCAUACGCAUGAAAGAUUGUGUGCAAGCAUUUCAUCAGUAAUAAUUAUUGUAGCCCUCCAUCUCUCCACCAUUCAUUCCGUUCAUGUAUCGUCAAGCCCAGGUUGUAGCUUUUAUAGUCAAGUUUUUAGUACAAGGUCAAUUUGCGUGCUUUAAGAGGACAAUCAACAGUAUUGUAGUUAGUGGCGACAUGCGUCUAUUGCAGAUAAUCUAUCACUUGCCACCAUUUCAGCAUUGAAGGUUUCAUUAGUUGUUCACUGAAUAUCCAGCUCCUCAUCAACAGCUAUUUCAAAUGUGGAUUAUCUUGCCAAGACGUUUCUUUCCCGUGUGUAUGUCGGAGUUAGAAUAUGCUGACAGUCCAUCGUUGUGACAUGUUUUCCAAAUUGAUUAACAUUUCCUUGAAACUGACCUUUUUAUGUAAGUCCAUUUUAAUGCAAGAUUAAUGCGAUUCCUUUGAAACUUGGUGUUUUUAGUGUUUGGCAGUGAUUAAGUAAAUAUUGUGUGAGUGUCGCUGCUCGAGACGCAUGUAACCACAGUUUGUAUCAUACGAGGGGUAGACCGGCAGUAGUCUAGUCAGCAGGCAGUGUAGCCACUUUGUGUAGCACUGAUAACGUCCUUGUACAUCCAAACAAGACUAAGUCUUAACAGGGAUGAUGCCAGCACAAGUAGUCUGGUGAAAGAUUGAUGGUUUGGACCUGAGUGUUAAGAACCUAAAAAGCGGCAAGUUCUGGUUUUGUAUGAUAGACUGCUGUUCCAUAGUGUACUAUGAACCAUGUGCUAAAGUGCAAGCUACGCUUGUUGCACUAACAUGUAUGUACGCCAGAUUGUUGAUUGUUACGCACAAUGUUCAGAACUGUGUUAUGCCAGUGGGACCAAGAUGUGAUUUUGUUUUUGUGCAUCAUAAUUUGCAAAGGCCCCUUGCUUGUUUUUUCAGCAUUUAUGGAACUUAGUACAUGUGAAUAAAAAUUUGGUUACUUGCCUUCUAA